CUUGCUCUGUCGCUCACAGUCAUGGACGAAGAGUUUUCUUUAAUCAGUGAAUCACCACUCUUCUGAACUCACGAUUCACGAAUCACGAAUCGAAAUCUCGCUCUCUGCCUCUCUCAAGUCUCGACUCUCGACCGUCUCUCGGCCUCUCGCUCGCCUCAUCUAUCGAUUCACGGCUAAACCUAGACGAAAUCCUCUCACGAAUCUCGCAUUUGAAAUCUUGAUUCACGGAGGGAAUGUCUUGAAAGCAAAAGAGAUGAGAAAACUGGAUUUUUGAAGAAGUUCAAAGUUAGCAGAACCAAGAACUUUUGUAAUAGAAAAAGAAGGGCUCGGGGAGAUGACGGAUGAUGGGUUCCCUCCGCCAACCAGGUUGAUGAAUUUUGUCUCGCAGGAACAGUUGGACGAAGCCAAGAAAACUCGAGGACCUAGAGUAGAGGACGGAACUGCCCACAGAGAUCGCCCCCUUUUUGAGAUAUUAAAGGAAAAUAAGGACAAAAAAGAUGCAGAGUUCAACGAACGCUUCAAGCAUAGACCUCCAAAAGCGUUGGAUGAAGAUGAGACUGAGUUCCUUGAUAAGCUGGAGCUGUCAAGGAGAGAAUAUGAGCAGCAAUUGGCAGAUGAUGAAGCCCAACAACUGCGGAGUUUUCAAGAAGCAGUGGCUGCACAAUCUGCUGUUCUACAUGAGCUAAAGGAAACGCCCGUGGUUCCUAAAUUUGAGGAACAAGCAUCACACAGGGAGAAGAGGACACAGAGACGGUCAUUAGGAGUAGUUAUAAAAGUGAAGAAAGCAAGGAGGAACUCUGAAGAAUUUGAAGGUGUCUCGAGAAGAAACAAUACUGCUACUGACACAGAGAGACCCUCAGGGUUGGAUAUCCACAAUGUUGCUACUGGAGGCCUUGUUUCAUACAGUGACGAAAGCGAUGGUUAGAUAUAUAUAGAUAUAGAUAUAGAUGUCAACUUUUAAUGGCUUUUGGUUUCACUGAAAAUUCCAGAUGCGUUUCAAAUUGAAAAUAUUCCAAGACAAACACCACCACCUUUCAUUGACAA